UAGCUGCUUCCCUUCCUCCUCCCCCGGCAGCGGCGGCGGCGGCGGCGGCGGCGGCGGCAGGGACCCGGGCGCAGGGAGCCGGCCGCCGGAUCCGCUCGAGCGGGCGGACACCGAACCUCCGCACGCGGCGGAGGCCGGGGGGGCGCCGGGGCCCGGGGCGCGCAGCUGGCGGCGGGCCGAGCGCGAGCCGUAUGCCUGCAUGGAUCCGGGCGCCGCGCUGCACAGGCGGGCCGGGGGCGGCGGGGGCGGCCUGGGCGCGGGCUCCCCGGCGCUGUCGGGUGGCCAGGCCCGCCGGAGGAAGCAGCCCCCCAGGCCUGCUGACUUCAAGCUGCAGGUCAUCAUCAUUGGCUCCCGCGGCGUGGGCAAGACCAGCCUGAUGGAGCGCUUCACCGACGACACCUUCUGCGAGGCCUGCAAGUCCACCGUCGGUGUUGACUUUAAAAUCAAGACUGUAGAGCUAAGAGGAAAGAAAAUUAGAUUGCAGAUCUGGGACACUGCAGGUCAGGAGAGAUUCAACAGCAUUACCUCAGCUUAUUACAGAAGUGCCAAGGGGAUCGUGUUAGUAUAUGAUAUCACUAAGAAGGAGACAUUUGAUGAUUUGCCAAAAUGGAUGAAGAUGAUCGAUAAGUAUGCUUCAGAAGAUGCUGAACUUCUCCUAGUUGGAAAUAAGUUGGACUGUGAAACAGACAGAGAAAUCACCAGACAGCAAGGAGAAAAGUUUGCACAGCAGAUAACUGGGAUGCGGUUCUGUGAAGCAAGUGCCAAGGAUAACUUCAAUGUGGAUGAGAUCUUUCUGAAACUUGUUGAUGACAUUCUGAAAAAGAUGCCUCUGGAUAUUUUAAGGAAUGAGUUGUCCAAUAGCAUCCUCUCCUUACAACCAGAGCCUGAAAUCCCACCAGAACUGCCUCCACCAAGACCACAUGUCCGAUGCUGUUGAUUUGUUACUUCGGAGACAAAAGUGGAAACAAUUCCUAGAAAGGGGCAAAAACAUUCUAUUCUGCACUACAAUCAUUUUGACAAUUUCCUUCCGCACUUUGUAAUCCAAGUCAGAGCUAUACACUAACUUGUAAAUAUGCAAAUAUGCAAUCCUGGGUAAGUUUGGGUUAUAAGUUACAUAUUUCCCUCCAAAUUAUAUUUCCUGCAUUACCCCAGUGUCUAGUGUACACACACUGGGAGGCGUAGUACUUCUAAUAUGAAGAAUGGGAGAGAUGAGAGCUAUAAUAUUUCUUAAAUAAUAUAAUUGUCCUUGUUACUUAUACUAUGAGGACAGAAGAUAUUCUGAUAAGAGAGAAAGUGGUGCUUUGCUUAUUGUUUUAAAGAAAAUUUGUAAAACUAAAGACUUUUUGGGGAAAAAAAAAAAAGCUCUUAGUGCUUUUUCUUUAUUUACAAGACAUUUCCCCAGCUAUAGCAUCUUGAAAUAUUGGAGCGUUUCCACCACAAAGCAGAGCUCCAUCCAUAGCUGUCAUUGAAGGUUAUUUAUUCAUGCUACCUAAUGAUAGGGUAUUUCUAGUUAGAGGGCUGGAUUUGACUUGGUCCUGCCCUGCAGAAUCUCAUGGUUUUCCUAAUGGACAUACCCUGUGCUUUUAAAAACAACAGAGUCAAUAAAGGAAGAACUGUUGAACCAGGAGUGUAGCCCAGUGGUAGAGUGCUUGUGUAACAUGCCUGAGGCCCUGGGUUCUGUCCCCGGCACUGCAGUUUUGCAGAAACUGUAGAACAAGUUCUAAAAACCACGCUGCUGUCCUAAACAAAUCCUGUUCAAAGGAGUUUUAAAGAUACAUUUUACUAUAUCAAAGAACAUACAUGUAUUUGCUUAAAUAUUCAGUAUCUUUGUAAUGAUAAAAAGUUCUCCCCUUUAUGGUGAAGCUUAUUCCUAUUAAGCGUAGACUGUGUUCAUUUUUUUUUUUUUUUGGGUCUGUUAAUGAAUUUGUGAAUUCUAUCUUUGGUAUAUCUUUUAUUAAACUGCACUGUUUUGUUUAGUCAAGGUAAAUAAGUAAGUAUGUAUUGGAAUAACUUGGCGUAUCCUGAGUGUUGUGCUAUGAGAAGCAUCGUGGUCUUUCUACACUAAUGAAGUGCAAAUAAAAUUUUGUAUUUAUGAAUGACAAUUGAGUUACAACACUUAUUUUAAGUUGUACAUAUGGUAAUGUUAUUUUCAGUGUCCACAUUCUGAUCUUUUGAGUGUUUUAGAUUGGAAAAGUACCGUGUCCUCUGCUAUGGAGAAUAGUCUGGGGGCUUCACGAAGGGUUCAGCAUGAAAUUAUUGUAUGAUCCUGCAAUUUUCCUUCUAGCUGUGUAUUCUCAGGAGAGGGUGAUCAAGUAGCAAAUGUGUUUGUAACAAUGUCACAGCAGCAUUAUUCACAAUAGCCAAAGAGGAGGAACAACCCAGUAUCUAUCAACAGAAUAACAGUAAGGAAAAUACAGCUGUACAAACAGUGCAAUAUUAUUCAGCCUAAAAAAGGUAGGAGGUCCUGUCUCAUUCUACAGUGUGAAUGAACCUUGAAGAUAUUAUGCUAAGUAAAGUAAGCCAGUCACAGAAGGAUAAAUACUAUCUGAUUCCACUUUUGGGAGAGGUGCAGAGUCAUCAAAUUCAUA